UCCCGCAGGGACGUAGGGGCUUUGGUGCAAGUCCCGACGCACAAUUAUGUCCAGCCGCACAGAUGAGAAUCCUCGUUGCCAAGGCAGAGAAGCGAGCAAGAGAAGAAGGCAAGGAGAUCCUCUUUAAAAUAGGGAUCCAAAUUGACCCCGAGAGACUCGAGCUUUUUAAGAGACGAAAGGCAACAAAAGAAGCCGAUUCAGCAUCCCCUAGUGCAGGCUCAACGCCCUCAUCUCUUCCUCCAGCGGCAGUGCAGGAUAACUCUGAUAUCGAGAUCAACACUCCUAUGGGGAAUGUACCGCCGUCGGCAGUCGAGCAUGUAGACGCGUUCAGUCCAGAUUCAUCUGAGUUUCAGACGGAUUCCUUACAUCUCCACUUGAAGGACAACGUCCUGUCAAUUCCAAUAAUGAGGCAAGGAUUUGAAUAUCCAGAAGUCUUGACGCCACGUAGAGCUGAUCCUGUUUACGGCUUUGUCAUCCCCGAACUUCAACUUCGAGGCGACGAGGGUAAUUUUCUACUGGUGGUGAAAGUUUCUAAAUUCGAGGAAUACGUUCGUCAUUGUCGGCGAUGGAAUAACGACAUGGGUUUACAGAUGGCCUCUUGUGUACUUAGCAUCCUGCGCCUCGGCGAUGGACCCGGAGCCAUUGCCAAAAGGCACCGAUGA